UUUGUCUAUCGGAGCGUUUGGACGUGAUCCACUCAAAAAAAAAUCUAAUCCAUCAGCGGACAAAGUAAACAACAAUUAUGAUUGAUUCUUGAGCGGCGGCCGUGUCCCUUUGAAUAUUCACAUUUAAUUAAUCAAUUUUAAACCGAAAUCGAAAAACAAAGAAAGUUGAAGUGAAUUGGCAAAGCCUCGCGAAACGCUGAAAAUUUGCGCGUGUGCGGGUGGAACAGUGACACUCGUGUGAAAAUCAUCGCCAAGGAAAAGGCGGAUAAAUAAAAAGGAAAAACGCCUGCGGCGAAAAUUAUCGUAUUUGUGUGGGUGUGCAAAAAAAAUUAAGGAGAAAUAUCAAGAGCAAAGAAGUUCGAGAAAUCGCUAAUAAAGUGUGAGUGUGUCUGUGUGAGUGGGUGACAAAUGAUUGGGCAGCGAAAAAGAGGAGAAGUCAAUCAGCGAUAAGCAGUUAAAACAAAUAAAAGCGAUUCCAAACGCAUGUUACGCACAGUAGUUGGUCCUGAGAUCUAGGGGAUUUUGAACAUGAACAAAAAUGCCGGCGAUGGCAGCGAUGGCAAAAACUCAAACAAAAACUCGAAUGCGGGAGGGGGUGCUGGAGCCGGGGGGCCGCACGACCCCACCGGCCUCCUAGAUGCAGCUUCCCUAUUCGCUUACUGGGGACGUGAUCCCACUGGAGCGGCAGCUGCAGCGGCCUCCAAUCCGCUCUUCAACUCGCAGUUCAAUGCUGCCGCUGCCGCCGGAUUGGGUUUAUUGCCACAAGCCGGAGGCGCUUCUGCCAAUGACCGUUAUUCCAUGGCAGCUGCUGCGGCUGCGGCGGCGGGAGCCCAUCAUCACCAGAACACGAUGGCGGUGGCCGCUUCUCAGGCCGCCAGUUUGGCCGGUUUGCAUCCAGCAAGCUGGUGGUCGAUGGCCCAGCUAGCUGCCCAGGAUUACUUCAGUCGCCUGCAGGCCUCGGGCCUCUCACCAUUCCCGCAUCCCGAUCUGGCCGCUGCCUUUGGGCCCGCUGGCAUGGGAAUGGGCGGUGGAGCUGGAGGAGCGGGUGCUGGAGGUGGCGGAGCAGGUGUCCUCGGCCAAGGCGGAGGCGGUGGAAAUGGUGGAAGUGGCAACGGGGGCGGUGGCUCUUCAUCUGGCUCCUCGGGCAGCAAGUCGAAUAAGUCGCGCAAGGAGAAACGAGCCGCCCAGCAGCAGCAGCAACAGCAGCAGAGCCUGGCCAACAGUCUAAAUGCGGCAGCUGCGGCGGCAGCAGCAGCAGCGGCCAACAAUCCUGCAGCUGCGUUGGCCAGUAUGCAUGGAUUCGGAGUGGGAGUGCCGGGCACCAGCAUUCCCUCGGUGAGCACAGGCAGCGGUUCUAUACCCACCAAUAGUGGAGGUCAUGGGAGCUACAAGAGCACGGCCAGCGCUUAUGGAAAACCCUCGACCAUGACGAGCAGCAGCAUGGCAAGCAAUCCGGGCUCCGCCUACGAUCCGGUGACCCUUCACAAGGAGCUGCUGGCCAUGCAGGCCGUGGCAGCCGCUGCUUCCGGCUCGGGCUCAAGCGGUUCAUCCGGCAAGAAGUCCGGUGGAGGCGGCUCCUCAUCCUCCUCAAUGCACGGCCAUGGAUUGGGAAUGGGGAGUGGCGGUGGCCUGAUGUCCAGUGGCAAGGCUUCGACCAGUGUAAGCGCUAGCAAUUCAUCGUUGGGAGGAAUGCAUCCCAGUCUGGCCAGCAGCAAUCCGCUAAUGUCCCCGCAUGCGGGACUGGGUUCGUCGUCAUCUUCAUCCGGCAAAGAUCGUGACAAGAACAAUCCCUCGCUAAACGCCCUCAACUCGCUGUCGCAGUUUGGAGCUUUGGGUAUGACGCCGCAACAGAGCAUGCAGGCGGCCAUGAAUGCUUUUGCGGCCAGCACUGGAGUGUCGCCCUCUGCCACGAUAACCUCCUCGCCGCAUCACUCCUCCCAGCAGCAGCAGCAACAAAUGGGCGGCAACAGUUCCGCGUCGGGAUCGGGUGGCAAGUCCAGCGCCAAGGAUUACAUGAUGGGCACUGGCAGUGAGCAUCCGUCUCUACUUGGAGUUCGUUUGCCACCGGACACGGAGAUAAUCAAGUACACGUCCUCGAUUGUGGGACCCAAGAUACCUGGUACUACCUCGCGCGGUCGCAAAAAGACAAUUUCCGAAACUGAACAGCAAACAACACAACAACAACAGAAACAACAACACCAAGCAGAACAACACCUACUCCAACAACAGCAACAAGCACAAGCACAAGCACAAAAAGAGCUCGACAGCACCACAAAUGCCAUUUCCUCUCUGCUUGCAUUUCCAGGUCUCAGUCCCGCGAAGCGGGCUAGACUCGAAAUGGAGUACGCAGCGAUGGCUGCCGCCGCCCAGCAGCAACAUCAGCAGGCCCAGCAGCAACAUCAGGCGCAGCAGCAGCUCCACGGGAUGCUGGGAGCAGCCGGAAUUCCUGGAAUGGCCGGACUGGUCGGUCUGCCGGGCAUGAGUGGUUCUCCCCUCGAUCAGCUGAGCGUAAGCAAGGCCAGCUCCUCGACGGCGGCCACAACCAGUACCAGUUCCUCCUCAGCAGGGAGCAACCUGCUCAACCAGAGCUCCAGUGACCGCGUGGAGGUGAUCAAACUGCCGCCAACAAUCACUUCUAACGGGGCCUACAACCUCUCGAGCAAGGGAAAAGAGGUGCACGACCUCACCACCGAUCUGGCGCCCACUUCUGGCGGUGUGAAUCUCAGCCUAAAGGCCAAUGCAAACGCCAACGCUUUGACGCCCAGCGGAGCCGUGGGCUCAGCCUCGAAUCCCAUCACCAUCGAUGACUUUGAUGCGCCCCUCAAUCUUUCCAUGAAACCCUCGGACAAGAGCAACAGUAGCAGCUCUACAACUCCCGCAGGAGGGUCGUCCUCCUCCUCCAGCGCAGCGUUGGCCAAUUUGGCCAGCGACUACCAGGCGGUGGCCACUGGCCAGAGCGGAAAUAGCCUGCAGAGCUUGAGCUCAAUCACGGCUGCCUUGGGAGGAACUGGAGGCAUGCCAGGCGGUUCCAUUUCGGGCAGCGGAGGAACCUCCCCAGCUCCGGCAGGUUCCGGCACAGGAGCCUCUGGUGGCUCGGGAUCUGGAUCUGGAUCCGGCGGGGGAUCGUCCUCUUACAAAGAGGGAAGACCUCGUAAUCUUGGACGCGGUGUAUCCAAGCCGAAGAAGAACACGGUGGCUUCGCUGCUGGCUCAAUCCCGAGCUGUGGGCCUAAAACCCAUGCUGGCCACCCAGCAGCUUCUUCAACAGGGUGCUGAUAUUGAAAAAAUUCGUCUGGCGCUGAGCGAGGCCAAUGCUCAUAUGGAGACCUCCACGGAUUCCGAGAGCGUGGCAGCCGAAAGCGGACUCUCAGAAUCCGAGAGUGAGGACGCCAAUAUCCUGAACGUGGCUGAGCUAAGGGUGCCACUGGAAUUGGGAUGGAAGCGAGAGACGGUGAUCCGUGGACUGACCAAACAAGGCCAGAUCCGCGGCGAGGUCACCUACUAUGCACCGGGAAGCACGGCGCCUUUGAAGAGCAACGGACAGGUUUUUGCUAUCCUGGAUCAGCAGCCAUCGAAUCUGAGUCGUGAGAACUUUAGUUUCUCUGCACGAGCCAUUGUUGGGUCAUUCCUGCAGCCCGCACCACCGCCGUACGCCAACGAUGGCGAGUACAUACGGAUGACGGACGAGGAUGUGGCCAAGCGGCUGGAGGAUUUAAAGGUCUUCACCCGCCAGACACUUAACGUCGAGCAGCGCAUCGAGAUCGCCAAGCAACAGCAGGCGAUGCGUGAUGCCAAGAAGUUGCAAAAGGAGGAGUUGGCCAGGAAUAAGGAGAAGGCACGCCAGGAGAAGAACUCCAAGUUGGAGCAGCAGCGCAAGGACAAGGAGCUCAAGAAUCAGCAGGCCGUCGAGGAGCGCAAAAAGCGUCAGGAGGAGCUAGAUCGCCUUAAGCAAGAGGAAUUGCUUAAGAAGCAACAGGAGAAAGAGAAGCGUCGUCAGGAGGCCAUUUUAGCUAAGGAACAGGAACUACAGAAACAGAAAGAGAUGUUGUUGGCUGCCGAAAUGGAACGCGAGCGUCGUCGCCAACACAUGAGCCUCAUCCGGAUGCUCGAGGUGCGGCGGAAGUUCGAGGAUCGAGAAAAGAAAAAGCAUCAGCUGGUGCUGGACCGCCUGCUGCUCCGUGAGCGUCGCAUGGCGGAGCGAAAGCGAGAUGCAGAGAUCCUGCAGCUGAUACGGCGACCCAACGAGGACUCGGAGAUGCCACAGGAGCUGGUAAUCCCGGAGCUGGAUCGCAUUGCGGGCAACCGCCUUCCCGGCCAGGCGAUGGCCGAUCUGCUGAUGGUCUUCGAAUUCCUGCACAAUUUCGGAGAGACUCUGGGCUUUGACAUGGAAUCACUGCCAACGCUGCAGAAUUUACACGAUGCUCUGAUUAGCGAUAGCAGUGCGGACGCCGAAGAGGAACUACUGUCGGUAAUGACGCAUCUGUUGGUCUGUGCCAUCGAGGAUCCGGGUGUUCCCAAUCCCGGCAGACACACCACUUUGCUGGGACAAUCGCUUCGCAAUGCGGACAUAACCAACUCGAAUGUGUCUGAGAUCCUGAGGAUCUAUCUGUAUGCCACGGCCACGGGUGAGGUGCGUCAAAUGCACGGCAUCACUGUGGACCGCGAGCGCGAGAGGAGAGUUCCCGAUCAUCACCAGGUGGAUACCGAUUCCACCACGCACUCACACUCGGCAAAGAACCAGGAGUACUACAAGCUGCUCCACGAAAACGACACCUGGAAGCUGUCGCACUCGCUGAAGGAUCGUCCCUUCGUGGCACUGAAUCCCACGCGUAAGGCGCAAAUGCUGGCCCACCUUUGCAAUGAUCUGCUGAUGAACAAGGCGGUGCUACGCCAGAUUGACGGCAGCCUCGAGACCUGCGCCCAGAUGCGCAAGGAGAAGUACAUGACGGACAUGAAGGUGCGCAAGUACAAGGCACUCCACAUGCGCAAGGCUCGAAUCGAGGCCUAUGAACGAGCCCAAGCGGAGCGCGAGGCGGCGAUGCAGGCGCUGAUGGCGCAGCAGAAGCUGGACGCCGAACGCCUCAAGGCGGAGGAGGAAGCCAAGGCCGCAGCAGCUGAGGAGGCAGCAGCUGCAGCUGGCACCGAGGAAGAGGCAGCUAAGGCGGGUUCACCCAAUGGCGAGAAGCCAAAGGCGGAGGAGGAUCAGGAUGAGCAGGCGGCAGGCACCAAGGAACCCCAGCAGCAGCAGCAGCCCAUGGAUGUGGAUGGCGUGGCCGAUGAGGAGUCACUUGUAAGCCCCGCCAAAAGCAUCAUCCAAGCGGACAACACUCUUACGCCCAACAAACAGGACACGGCUACGCCCACCUAUCAGAUCAACGGAUCUAGCACACCCACGACUAGUGGAGCCACUGGAUCCGACAUGAGUGCCCUGCUGCAGGCCAAGAAGAGCGGAGCACGCAACUCCAUUAACGAUGAGCACCACCAUGAUGUUAGCAUUAUCGACGAUGAUCUCUCCGACUUGGAUUCGGAGAUCACGAAUGUCGAGGAGGACGAGGACAAUCGCUUGAGUGCCGAUGAGUUGCAGAAGAAGCUGGACAAGAUUGUGCGGGCUUCUUUGAACUGCAAGGAGGCGCUGGAGAAGAGCACCAAUCAACUGAGGGCGGCCUGCUUUGGACAGGAUCGCUUCUGGCGUCGCUACUGGAAGUUGCCCAAGGCGGGUGGCAUUUUUAUCGAAGCCCUUGAGUCGGCCCAGAAUGAUAUUUGCGGCUAUCACGAGGCCUUGGAGGCCAUGGAUGACAAGAAAGAUGCAGCUGGCGAGAAGGAAAUCGCAGAGGAAGAGAAAGCAGAAGCGGUGGAGCCAGCUGAACAGCCAAUGGAGGUGGAUGAAUCCCUCACGCAACUGGAUGAUGGAGCUCCAGCUCAGAAUAUUGAGCCAUCUGAGACCAAUCAACCAAACUCCCAUGUAGAAGAGGACGAUGACGAUGAUGAUGUGACAGAAAUUAACAAGGUGGAACCGGAAAUCGUAGACCUGGGCGACGAUGACGAUGAUGCAGCUCCGCCGUUGCCCAAAGUAGAACCUCCUAGGCCAGAGAUCAAGGUUAAGUCAGAGAUGGAGCUAAUGGGCCCACCGCCCACGACGAUGAUAUCCACCAAGACGGACUUUGAGGCGGAAAUCAAGAUACCCGCCAUGCCUGGCAUCCUAAUGCCACCCACCCUAAACAACAACAACAACAGCAAUAACAAUAACAACAACAACAACGGAAGCGACAACUGUGAUAAGUUGGAAACUGGCUUGAAUUUGGGACAGCAGCAGCAGAACUUUGGACAGGCUGUGAUCAAGAUGGAGGAUAUGAAGAAGGAGGAUGACUGCAUUAUAGUUUCCACAUCCAGUGUAGACGAUACGCCCAAGUGGUUCUCCAUCGUGCGACGCGAAGUUCCGCUGAUCAGCGAGCUGCCCGCCGAGGAGGGUGGAGUUGUGGGCCAGGAACUGCAGCACAGCUACGCGAACCAGAACUGCUCCGCCCAGCUGCAGCUGCAGGGUCAUCCCUGGGAUCUGAUCAACAACAUGCAGUACUACUCGAUACCCAUGGACGAGUGCAAGGUGGACACCAGCAAGCUGGGCAACGAGUGCAUCUUCUCGCUGAGCGGCCUCGAUGAGAAGCAAAUGAUGGCCAAGGUGGAGGAGUUCAAGGCCCUCAAGGUGGAGUCAAAAAACGGUCUGGGCUCUCCUCAUCGCCACCACGCGACUGAAGAUGAUGAGGAGCGGGCCAAGCUGAAGUUGGAUGGGAAUAUGGAGGCCGAAAUGGAAACGGAUGCGGCAGAUGAACUGGCUGGCAAGGACAAGUUUUUUCGCUUGCGCUCUGAUGCGCCCCCGGAUACGGGAGGAGGGGCAAGCGAGGGAGCUGCUGAUGUGAAGCCCAAGAUUGAGCUGCGUUUGGAUGAGGCUCUGUCGCAGGCGUAUUACCACAACAUAGCCAAUAUGUCGCUGAGCAGUGUGCAAACGUAUAUACCCAUCGACAUACCGCUGCCGCUCUCCAUGACUCCCGAUGAGCACCGUCUGCUGGAGCAGGUUAAGCUGGCGGGCUUUCCGGAACGAGUCCAUGGGGUUUAUGUGCCGCGAAGACAGCGCUACGGCUGGUGGCAGUUGGACGAUGAACAGAAGUUGCGCCAAGUGCUCAAGACCCUGAAUCCAUCUGGCCUGAGGGAGCGCGAGUUGCAGGAGAAUCUCCAGCGAUUCCUGGGACUCGAGCAGCCAUUGGGUGUGAACUAUCAGCUCAAAUCGGAUACAGAGUUUCCGGAGGAAUUCCUUAUGCCCGACAAGAAGGGCGAUUGGAAUCCCAAAGUCGCGAAACGUGUGGAACUGGCCCUCAUUGAGCAACUGGAAUCCCUGGAGGACAAAGUGGCCAGUGCUUCGAUGCAACUGAAGAACUGGCAAUUGCCCAAUCGCGUGGAGAGUGAACUCACCUUGGACUCGCAGGAGGAUGUAAGCGAGGAGGAUUUCGUGAGCAUUAUACCCAUGAUCCGGGAGAGGAUUAUCGAUUUGGAGGCGAAUAUCGAAAGGCGCUACCUGAAGCCUCCGCUGGGCUCGCAGACAGGCGAUGCCCACUUGGCGGUGAUUGCCCAGAACCAGCAUACCACCACGCAGACGCAGAAUUCCGCAUCGGCGGCAGCAUAUCUCCUGCAGAUGCAACAGCAGCAGCAGCAGCAACAAUUGGCCCAACAGCAGCAGCAGCAAGGAUCCGGAACGGGCAACAACCUGAAUCCGUCAUCCUUCAAUGAGCGCACAAUGGCUCUGGCGGCGGCAGCAGCAGCCUCCGGAACGGGCAACGCCACUGGAGGAGGAGGAAACGCGGCGGCCGGCGGAGGAGUUACUCCCUGUGAAUCGGGCAGCGGGGAACCGAACUCCGGCAAUGCGUCACCAGCGAGCAACUGCGACAGCGAUCGGGAUGAGAAGGUGGAGCAUAUCCCUAAAGGAUUGGUGCAGUGGCGCGAUGCAGUGUCUCGGUCGCACACCACCGCCCAGCUGGCGAUGGCCCUGUACGUCCUGGAAUCCUGCGUGGCCUGGGACAAGAGCAUCAUGAAAGCGUAUGCAACAAAAAACAAGUCCAGCAAAAAAAAGAGCAGCGCCAAAAAACAGCAGCAGAAGAAAAACAAGAAGGUGCCGCCGCUGACCACCAAUGGAAAAAAGAGCUCCAAAGAAACUCCAACCAAAAAGCCAGAGAAGAAAGCUCCCCUGAGCAUCAAAAUCAACCUGAAGGCUCUGGCGCAAAGUGGCCAGGACUCGCAGCAUCAAACCCAAACCCAAUCCCUCUCCCAGUUCAAGUCCCCAUCCCCAUCCUCCAAUCCCAUCACUAGCGACUCCGACUCGGACUUUGGCACACGGACGAAGAAGAAGGGCGGCGGCAAACGCAGACGCUCAGGCAACCAAACAAACUCUAGCAAAUAUUCCAAUUCCUUACAGAAUUGCCAGUUCUGCACGUCCGGCGAGAACGAGGACAAGUUGCUACUGUGCGACGGCUGCGACAAGGGCUAUCACACCUACUGCUUCAAGCCCAAGAUGGACAACAUUCCCGAUGGCGAUUGGUAUUGCUACGAGUGCGUGAACAAGGCCACCAAUGAGCGCAAGUGCAUCGUCUGCGGCGGCCAUCGUCCCUCGCCGGUGGGCAAGAUGAUCUACUGUGACUUGUGCCCGCGUGCCUACCACGCCGACUGUUACAUACCGCCGCUGCUGAAGGUGCCGCGCGGCAAGUGGUACUGCCACGGCUGCAUCUCCCGAGCGCCGCCGCCGAAAAAGCGCAGCGCCGGCGGAACGGCCAGCAGCAGCAGCAAAUCCAGGAGGGACCGGGAAAGGGAUUCGGGUGGAUCGGCCAAGCGACGCAGCGACAACAGCAAGACUCCGGCCAUGGAGAUGCAGCAGAUGCAGCCACUGGCAGGCGGGGAUCCCCACCACCACCAUCAUCAUCAUCAGCAGCCGCCGUCGCUGAACUCCUCGCACGAUGAGUCGAUGAAUUCGCUGCCGGCGGCUCCUCUGAGUCCGGCGCACUCGGUGGCCUCGGCUACGACGUACGAUGACCAGCACCAUGCCAACAACUCGGUGGACGGCAGCAGCAGUCGCUUCCAAGCGCAUCUCAUCCCUCCGCCGAAUAAUGGCACUGCGACCCUGCUGGAGGAUGUGGUGAUGCCCAGCAGCUAUCCGGUCUAUCCGCCCGUUGUGGCUGGCAACUUCUCGGCUGGAUUGAUUAACCCAGCGGUGCCAGCGGUGCCACCGGCGAUGCAGUUUGCCAAUGUGGUCGCCAUGUCGCCACGGGCUGUCACGCCCACCCGCACCCGAACGCCCACACCGACGCCAGCGCCCACUCCGCCACCACCGCCGCCGACACCGCUGCUCAUGCAGGCCUCGCCCACAGCCACCGCCCUCCAUGUAACCGCCUGCCAGUCGCCGCCCCAACAGCAGCAGCCGCAGCAGCUGAUGACCAUGCCCUCACCACCAGCCAUUGGAGUGGGAACAGGAACAGGAACGAACCAAAUGUCGCCACCGCCGAUCAACAUACACGCCAUUCAGGAGGCCAAGGAGAAACUGAAGCAGGAGAAGAAGGAGAAGCACGCCACCAAGAAGCUCAUGAAGGAGCUGGCCGUCUGCAAGACGCUAUUGGGGGAAAUGGAGCUCCAUGAGGACUCUUGGCCAUUUCUAUUGCCCGUAAAUACCAAGCAGUUUCCCACAUAUCGAAAAAUAAUCAAAAUUCCCAUGGACUUGUCCACGAUCAAGAAGAAACUGCUGGAUUUGAGCUACAAAGCCCGCGAAGACUUUUGCGUGGAUGUGCGUCAGAUCUUCGACAACUGUGAGAUGUUCAACGAGGACGAUUCGCCCGUUGGCAAGGCGGGGCAUGGCAUGCGCAAGUUCUUUGAGUCACGCUGGGGCGAACUGACCGACAAGCACUCCUGAUCCAGUACCACCGGCCAGCCGCAGAUCCAGAUGG